AUGACUAAUGGGUCUGGUACCAUCCUUCCCACUACCGCUGCCGCCGGCGGCGGCGGAAUCAUUCAUGUUGCCAAGAAACUAACACUCCUUCCACUCAUCUUUCUCAUUUACUUCGAAGUUGCCGGCGGUCCCUACGGUGAGGAGCCGGCUGUCCAAGCAGCCGGACCCUUUUAUGCAAUCUUAGGCUUUUUAUUAUUCCCUUUUAUUUGGAGUGCGCCGGAAGCCCUAAUCACAGCCGAACUUUCCACCGCCUUCCCAGGUAAUGGCGGGUUCGUUAUUUGGGCCGAUCGUGCGUUCGGUCCUUUUGUUGGGAAUCUUAUGGGUUGGUGGAAACUCUUUUGCGGGGUUAUCAAUGUCGCCGCGUUCCCUGCCCUCUGCGUUAGCUAUCUCGAAAAACUCUUCCCCAUUUUAGAAGGAGGUUAUCCACGAACCAUAGCCGUCACCGGUUCAACUCUUGUAUUAUCCUUUCUUAAUUAUUUAGGGCUAACGAUUGUCGGUUACGCUACUGUAAUCCUUGGGAUAGUUUCUCUUCUCCCGUUUAUUAUCAUGACAGUGAUCGCAAUCCCGAAAAUUGAUACCAAACGAUGGCUUAAUCGUGGCCAAGAAGGCGUGAAGAAGGAUUGGACUCUUUUCUUUAAUACCCUCUUCUGGAAUCUAAAUUUCUGGGACAAUGUUAGCACUCUCGCCGGCGAAGUCGAUAAACCGCAUAAGACUUUCCCAACUGCCCUUUUCACCGCUGUUGUUUUCACUUGCUUGGCGUACAUUCUUCCUCUCAUGGCCGUCACUGGAGCUAUAUCCGUCGACCAGAGUAUGUGGGAAACAGGGUUCAUGGCGACCGCCGCGGAGAUGAUCGCAGGAAAAUGGCUUAAAAUCUGGAUCGAGAUCGGUGCGGCAUUGUCGGCGAUCGGAUUGUAUGAGGCCCAAUUAAGCAGCAGCGCUUAUCAGGUUGUGGGUAUGACGGAGAUUGGGAUUCUACCAAAAUGCUUCGGUAGGCGAUCGAGUUACUUCCACACACCGUGGUUGGCGAUCCUAAUGGCGACGGCGGUUUGCAUUGGAGCUUCGUUCUUGGACUUCACAGAGAUUGUGGCGUCGGCGAACUUUCUGUAUAGCCUUGGGAUGAUUCUGGAGUUGGCAGCGUUUUAUAGGUUGAGGAUGAAGUAUCCGAAGAUGAACCGUCCGUAUAGAGUGCCGAUGAAUUUGGUCGGGUUGCUAAUUGUGUUUAUAGCUCCUGUAAUAUUCCUGGUAGUGAUCAUGGUGAUUGCAGAUAAGGUGGUUUAUUUGAUCAGUGGGAUCAUAACUGUGUUUGCUAUCGGAUGGUAUUUCUUUGUCAAGCUAUGCAAAUCCAAGAAUUGGAUUGAAUUUGGCGUACGAGAUGACCAAUAUGAUAUUGAUGGAUCCAGAAUUGCUGGUGUUUCAGGUAAAUCUCCAUGCAAGGCCCCAAGAUCUCCCAGAUCUCCAAGGACAAGGGCAAAUAAACGUAAAAGGAUUGUCCAAGAAUCAGCUCCCGAACCAGCUCCCAAUGCAGCUCCAAAAGCAGCUUUCAAAGCAGAACAAAAAGAUGCUGUGAAGUCAAUAGGUUUUGGCGCUCUACUUUCAUUAUCGCUUUCAAAAUGCCCCGGGGAGAUCUCUCGUUAUCUAGUCAGAAAGUUUGACUGCAAUAAAUGUUCAUUCACCCUAGAGAAUGGUGAGGAAGUGAAAAUCGAAGAAGAGGACGUUCAUAUGGUAUUGGGUCUCCCUAGAGGGGAGCUGGAUAUUGUAGAAUAUCAGAAUAAGGAGAUUGAUGACAAGUUGAAGGCAUUUAGGACUCGAUGGGGUAACCUAUCCAGGUAUAGAAUUCUGAAAAAUAUUUCAGAUGUUGACAAUAUCAAGAAGUUCAAUUGGGUGAGCAACCCUGAACUGGGAGGAGUUACUGAGCGACGAUUUCCUAUACUGUCAUGUUGGAAUGACACAACGUUGAAGUUUAGGCUGGAUACAAAGUUUGAUAAUGGAGGAUUCGGACGUGGAAGCGUUCUGGGACGCAUUCCACUACCGGGGAUGUGGGAGGAGAGCAACGACGAGGAUAAUGAUUUCUGA